CCUUCCCGUACUUUAGCGAGUCUGACUCGCGAUGAAGAUUUUGGCCCAAACAUGCAUAUCGCGAGUCAGACUCGCGAUGAAUUACUUGGGCCAAACAUGCAUAUCGCGAGUCAGAGUCGCGACGAGAUACUUGGGCCAAACAUAAGUAUCGCGAUUCAGGGUCGCGACCGGAUACUUGGCCCAAACAUAAAUAUAAGAAGCCGAGCUCGCGGACUGAUUUUUUGCCCGUUAUUGUCGUGACGGAAUGCUAGUUUCUAUCAGUACUUCGUGAUAGUUAGACACGAUUUGUAUCGUUGCUUUCACGAAGCAGUUCAAUUAUUAAAAUUUAAGAAGAUAGGGAGACCUAUGUUGAUUACCGUGUAAAUAUAGCCGAGGCAAUUUUACAAAUUGUUAAAUUACCGGACUACAAAAUGCGUGGGAAAUCAUCAGUUGAAACACCCCUUCGACUCCAAGCUCGAUAUUGGGCUCAUUUCCCCAAAAAUAUAGAUCCGACACCUCGGAAUAAGCAUCCAACAAGGAUGUGCAAAGUCUGCUAUAAACAGAAAAUUCGAAGCGCAACGAAGUGGGAAUGCGCGAAAUGUAAAGUGGCUUUACAUCUGCCAAAAUGUUUUGAGAAGUAUCAUACCAUGGAGGAUUUCUAGAAUUUUGUAUGCGGAGUUGGAGUGGAUGUGGCGUACCGUCGACACAAUAUGGGGCUUUACGUUACGUGAGGAUAAUUCAACAUGCGUAUUACCAAUCUCAUCUAUGAUGAUCUUUUUUCUCGAGAUAACUUGGGCCGUCACUUUAUUCGUACAAAUUUGUGUCAGAAGCGAGGAGGCUCUUUGUUCGUAUUGCUGGUCGCGCGUACUUGCGAUAACGAGGGGUUGGCGAAGAACAUUAUUUUAUCUACCACUGUCUUGCAUUUUGGCAUGGAAACCGCACAAACUCGGGCUCUCUUAUGUCGCGGCUGGCUUGUUAGCAGUUUUAUCCUUUUUACAUAUUGCUUCAAGCGUUUUAGACAGGCGUCUAGCUUCUCAAUCAAACUCUGGUACAGAUUCUGUUGGUGAAAGUCUUUUAAACGCAAGGGCCGAAAAUUAUGAUCGCUUCGAAGAAGUUUUGAUAUCAGAGGUAUUGGAUGACGGUGUAUCUGGGCCAACAGUACGAAUUGGUGACAGCGACGGGGAAAUAUGACAGGAGCAUCAAAACUCUUGGGUCAGUGACUCCGAUGAGGAUAGUGAACCUGAACCAAAGACGUGUCAAAUAGCUACAGUGUCUUAACUAUAAAGUUAUGACAUAAACAAAAUAAAAAUCUAAUUAAAAAAUAAAUUUCUUGACAUAUUUCUAAAUGAAG